CCUUGUCAAAAUGUCGGUUUGGCAAAACAUGAAACUGUGAAAAGAAAAGAAAGGGGAAGAAAGAAGUUUAUUUUCAUCAUAGGUUUUCCGGAAACACAAAACUGAGUUUUGUAUUUUUAUUUACAGUAGUAUGUUCUGGUUUAUGCAUCAGUGUAGUUGAUGUUUGUGUGAUUUUGUCCUCAACAUGGAUCACAGAGAGAGCAUUAAUACUGAUCCUGGAGUAACGACCGGUGCUGAAGGCCGUUGUCAGAGAUGGAGGAACCAAAGCGGGUUUUGGUUGCUUGGUCUGUGCAAUAACUUUGCCUACGUGGUGAUGCUGAGUGCCGCUCACGACAUUUUAAAACAACAGGAGUCUCAUAAUGCAACAGUGACGACUCCAGGCCACUUAGACUCGAACAGUAGAAAUGGCAGCAACAGUAGCCGCUAUGACUGCAACCCUACAUCUACUGCAGCUGUUCUUCUGGCUGACAUCUUACCCACUCUCCUGAUCAAACUGACAGCGCCGUUUUUCAUACACAAAAUGCCUUAUGGUUUCCGUAUUCUGGUGUGUGUCGCCACGGCAACAACAAGUUUCUUGGUGGUGUCAUUUUCUUCAACUGUUUGGAUGAGUAUAUUAGGUGUGAUCUUUGCCAGUGUGAGUUCAGGACUGGGCGAGAUCUCCUUCCUUUCCCUAACGGUCUAUUUUAGCAGUGAUGUGCUGAGUGGAUGGGGAUCAGGUACAGGCGGAGCAGGAGUCGCUGGUGCUGUUCUUUAUUCUGCGUUCACACAGGCUGGACUUUCACCCCGGGUUACUCUCCUGAUCAUGCUGAUCGUCCCAGCCGUUAUGAUAAUCAGUUACUUUCUACUUCUAGUCUUCCCUCCUUCGUUCCCACAGUGGAGGUCUGGGUCUGGUUUGUCCUCCGAGCAAGACUUUCAGGAACGGCGUCCGUUAAUAACAGACGAUAACGAUGAAGGCAGUGUUCCAGAUGAGAAAAGGAGAGAUAACUGUGCUGGAAAUACUUUCUCCUUCCUGACAGAGGACCAACGUACCGGAUCGCUGACCUUCUCAGACAAACUACAUAUCCUGAAAGGGCUGCUGAAGUAUAUUGUGCCUCUAUCCGUGGUCUACUUUGCUGAAUAUUUCAUUAACCAGGGAUUGUUGGAGUUGCUUUACUUCCCUGCUUCCAGAUUGUCUCAUGCAGAACAAUAUCGUUGGUAUCAGACACUGUACCAGAUCGGCGUCUUUAUAUCCCGCACCUCGCUCUACUGUGUUAAGACCAGGAGAAUCUGGGUGCUUUCAUUCCUGCAGUGUGUGAAUGCAGUCGUGCUGCUUUUUUCAGUGUAUUACCAGUUCUGGCCAAGCGUUUGGGUUGUGUUUGUAAUAGUUCUGUACGAAGGUCUGCUGGGAGGAGCUGCCUACGUUAACAUCUUCUACUUAAUCAGAGUUGAGACUGGGGAACGCGAGAGGGAGUUUGCGAUGGCUGCAGCGAGUGUUGGAGACAGUAUAGGCAUUGCGCUCUCUGCAGCACCGGCCAUCCCAAUACACAACUACUUCUGCUCUCUCUGAGGAACACGAGAGGAAGUCAUAAAGACAUACUUCCUGCAGAGACGAUGUUUAGUUGGCCCUAUUUAUUAGAAAACACCGCAAUGUACAGGCACCUCGCUCUCAGACUUUUGCACAUGGUUUUAGGUGAGCUCUGAGGAAUACCAAUCUUGUGACCAAGAUCAUGUUCCUAGUCUUCGUCUAGGAGCCAUGCUUAAGCUGGAUCAUUCCAGGAUGGAUGACUUUAAGGGGCAUCAGUUUUCUUAAUGUACUCUAAAUGUGUAAACUGUCCUGAAAUGUAAAUAUUGCCAUCUGCAGUACUGAAGCACUCCCUGGUAACAGCCAAAUCACAGUAGGUAGUGAACUUGUAAGCUCUCAAAGCUAUUUCGGUCUUCUUCUAUCUUAAUAUGUUGAGGCCUUAAAGUUUGUGGAUGAAAUACGAGAAAGUUAGUUACAUUUCCAGUUAAAAAGCAGACUUCCACCCAGCUACCAACCCCUGAGGGUAAAUCCUAGGAUGCCUUCUCUAAGACACUUAGUCUAUUAACUAUAUUUUAUUCAUUCUUGCAACAGAUGGUGAUUUUUAGAGCAGCGUAACACAAAUGCCUGCUUUUGCAUACUUUGGCUUAUAGACACCGUGAUUAGUGGUUGUCACUGUUGUUACCGGGUAAAAAGAUGGAUUGAACGGUUUUCUGUUCCGUCAGUUAAGAUCCCAUCUUGAAAAUAAGUUAAAUGUUGAAAUUUUGAACAGCAGCCAUGAAGAAUUCUGGUUUUAUCAACUUGUUGAAAGGCAUGAUUUUUUUUAUUAGCUAUGAUGUUAUGACCUUAAAGCUAUACAGUAUAGCGUCUGAAAAAGGGUUUUUUGUUUGCUUUUUUUUUUUUUUUAAGCAGACCUGGCAACCAUAUAAAACUGAACAAUUGAUUUAUUUUUUUAAAUGCGCCAUCUGUAAUUCUAUAGUAACUGAAGCACAAAUGCUUCAAAGAUGUUUGUUCACUUUGCAAAACCAAAACUGACAUUUUAUAACAAUGUAGUGUAGUAAUUUUAUUUUUUAAAUUAAACUUAAAAUGAAUGAACAACAAUCACAGGCCAAUUUGCACUUUUUUCUAGUUUACAAAAAAAAAAAAAAAACAGGAUUUUUUUUCAUAUGGGUCCAAAGAGAUAACCAUACAUAUUGCAAAUUUCUUGAUCCCAAACAAGUAUACAACUAGCUUUAAGCAGUAAGAAGUUGACUAGAGUGAAAGAACUACACUGACAUCCACAUUUGCUUAUUCAUUAUUUUUCUUUGGCUUAUUCCUUGGCUCAGAAAUGCACUUUCGAGUUUUAUUGUGAUAUUUUUUUAACAUGGCUACUAUAAACACCAAAUUUUUAGUGUGGAAUAAUGUGUGCUUGUGAAAUGAAAAUUUUUACAUUCCAAUGUUUUUGUCUCAGGAAAUGCUGAGUUAAUGUUAGCAUCUCUUUUAAUUUUUAUCAAGACUUUCUAAAUGCUGUUCUCAAUUAUUACUAUCAUUAUAAUAGCUAAACUUUAUUUUUAAUAUAAUAAUUCAUUUGAUUAUAUAUUGAUAUAAAAUAUCUUUUUCAUUUUAUUUUUCUAAUUUAUCUAGUAAAGUAAUAAGGUGAACCAUUUUUACUGUAGAACUAAAAUCAGCAUUAAAUGGUUAGGUGCAAUAAAACUGAUUCAUUCGAUUUAGUGCAAGUGGAUUAACAGAGGAACUUUAACUCAAUCCAGGUUUAAUCUUUGUUGGUACGAUGUAGUUUAAAAGAACUUGUACUAUGUGUCUGAUUUUUUUUU